AUGACUGGAAAGGGAAAAGGGCUGAAAGGGAUUGAUCAAUUUUACCAUGAGGAUGAAGAGGUAUUAUGCGGUUGUGGGCUAAGAGAAUCUCGAAGAAUUUCACGUACUGAUGGCAACCCGAAUCGAAAUUUUUUUGGGUGUCCAUUGUUUGGCUAUAAGGAGAUGGAACCUUAUGAUUAUUUGUCAUGGCACGAUAUUAGAGUUGCAUUGUACAAGGAGAGGAAACGACUUGGUGAUAUGGUUGCCAACUUGCAGCUUGAGAAUGCAGAUCUGCGUGCUAAAUUAGACAGAGUAUCCAAGGAUAGUGCGAUGUUGGCUAUGAAAAAUUAG